CUUUUCAUCUUUUCCCCACGACUGCAUCCCUUCUCUCUUUAACCCCGGAGAAACUGUAUAGAUUGCUUAUUGAUAUCUUGAGCUAAACUGUUGAUCUCGUUUUAUUUCUUCCAAUUCAUGGACUCCAUUCGAAUCGAUUAGCCCAUCAAUCCUCAAGUCCGAUAAGGACCUCGAACGCAAAUCCCGACCGAGUUUUAUACCUGUCGACCAGUUGCAGCCAGUCGGAACGCCUCACUGGCCUUGCAUUCGGAAGCAGAACCUCCCUCAUACUCAGAACCAUCCGCCGCCCAUGUCGUCGAAUCCUACCGCUGUCGCCUCGCCAUCAACCACUCUGGUGGAGCGCCCAUCCUCACAAAAAAUGGCCCAGGCCAGCACAGAGAGCGGGGUGCCCCCUCCCUCUACGGGCUCGAAGCGCGAUUACAAGGGAUUUGUUGCGGGCGUGUUCUCCGGGAUAGCAAAGUUAACAGUUGGACAUCCGUUCGAUACGGUCAAAGUACGCCUACAAACCAGCCAUGAAUCACACUUCCGCGGUCCGGUCGACUGUGUAUUACAGACAGUGCGUAAGGAGGGAGUAAGCGGAUUAUACAAAGGAGCCACGCCGCCGCUGGUCGGAUGGAUGGUGAUGGAUUCGGUCAUGCUGGGGUCGUUGACGUUAUACCGCCGCCUACUGCUCGAGAAUGUCUUCUCGAAGCCGCACAUACGCGCGAUGACACCGUUUAGCGGUCGCCAGACCGAUCCCACCACCCUCCCAAGUUUCGGGCACGGAAUCGCGGGAAUCAUGGCGGGGACGACGGUCAGCUUCAUCGCGGCGCCGGUGGAACACGUCAAAGCGCGACUGCAGAUUCAGUACUCGGCGGACAAGACGAAGCGCAUGUACUCCGGCCCAAUCGACUGCGUGCGGAAAUUGCUUCGAACGCAUGGAAUCGCGGGACUUUAUCGCGGACUCUGCGCCACGAUCGUGUUCCGGUCGUUCUUCUUCUUCUGGUGGGGCUCUUACGAUGUUUUGACGCGGAUGUUGAAAGAGAAGACCAGUCUGUCGGCCCCCGCGAUUAAUUUCUGGGCGGGUGGAAUUUCGGCGCAGAUUUUCUGGCUGACUUCGUAUCCGUCGGACGUGGUUAAGCAACGGCUCAUGACGGACCCGAUGGGCGGGGCCCUUGGGGACGGGGAGCGCAAGUUCCGCCGGUGGAAAGAUGCGGCGGUCGCGGUGUAUCGCGAGCGAGGAUUGAAAGGAUACUGGCGGGGAUUUGUACCAUGUUUCUUGCGAGCAUUCCCGGCGAAUGCUAUGGCGCUGGUUGCAUUCGAGGGGGUGAUGCGCUCCGAAUCAACCGACUGCUGCAAAACCACCUUGAUCGCUUGGUUUCCUUCCCUCCAAUCACUCAAAUACGAUACCGGAACAACAACCCCCUGCAACUCCCGUCGCAAAUUAAUCUUUCUUGCAGUUGAGCCGGGCUUGGCUACGAUGGCCGCGGCACGCCACAUGCGUCGCACUAGUCCCAUCACCUUGCUACUGGCGGCUUUGCUAGCCUUCGGCUUCCUGUGCUUUUUGCUCUCCCCAUCUCCUCCCGCCGCCAACGCCGCCGCUGCGGCCGCCGGUAACACCCCCCCCGACCUCGACUCCUCACAAAUCCGCCGCGAAGACGCGGCCGAGCACCCACUCUCACCCCCGACGAAACCCUUCCUCAAAUCCCAAGCCGUCCGCGAAGAUGGCCACGCCGCGGCGCCGCCGGUGGAACACUACAACCUGAACGCGCUGACGAGCACGAGCGACGCGGCGCGGAAGGGCGAGCGGGUGCUCAUCCUGACGCCGCUGGCGCGGUUCUACCAGGAAUACUGGGACAACGUGGUGGCGCUGAGCUACCCGCACGAGCUGAUCUCGGUGGGGUUCAUCAUCCCCAAGACCAAGGACGGCAACGCGGCGCUCGCGGCGCUGGAGCACGCGAUCAGCGUGACGCAGAACGGGCCGGUGGCCGAGCGGUUCGCCAGCGUCAGCAUCCUGCGGCAGGACUUCGAGCCGCCGCUGCAGUCGCAGGAUGAGAAGGAGCGGCACAAGCUGGAGAACCAGAAGGCGCGCCGCGAGUCGAUGAGCCUGGCGCGCAACAGCCUGCUGUUCACGACGCUGGGCCCCGCCACCUCGUGGGUGCUGUGGCUGGACUCCGACAUCGUUGAGACGCCCGCCACGCUGAUCCAGGACCUGACGGGCCAUGACCGCCCCGUCAUCGUGCCCAACUGCUUCCAGCGCUACUACAACAAGGACGCCAAGAAGAUGGACGUCCGGCCGUACGACUUCAACUCGUGGAUCGACAGUGCCACGGCGCAGCAGUUGGCGGACACGAUGGGGCCCGACGAGAUCCUGCUGGAGGGAUACGCCGAGCUACCCACCUACCGCAGUCUAAUGGCCUACAUGGCCAACAAGGACUACCCGCAGCCGGGGCGGGAGAUGAAGCUGGAUGGCGUGGGCGGCACCGCGCUGAUGGUCAAGGCGGACGUGCACCGCGACGGGGCGAUGUUCCCGGCGUUCCCGUUCUAUCAUCUGGUGGAGACGGAGGGAUUCGCCAAGAUGGCAAAGCGGUUGGGGUACGAGGUGUUUGGGUUGCCGGAUUACUUUGUAUACCACUACAACGAGUGAUGCCCCAUGUAAGGGUGCUCAUGUGGAAGGCUGCGCUGUGCGCUUGUUUGUGUGUUGAUAAACCGGCGUCGGGUAGCGUGGGCCAGAGGUUUGAUUUUCCGUUCGCAUCUG